AUGCCCGAUAUGGCGACAGAAAAUCUCGUGGAUGCAGUUCCUGGGCCCGAGGCCAAAUCGGCCGAGGUUCAUGAUAACAUUGUAGAGGAUCAGGACCCCUCACACGAGGUCUCACGAAAGCGCCAAAGCUUGUCAGAUCUCUUUACAAUUUUUGCCAGUGGAUUUGCGUUGAUCAGUGAUGGAUACCAGAAUAACCUUAUGACUAUGACCAAUGUCCUUCUCAAGAAAGAAUACCCCAAUGACUACACUACAACUGUGAGCACCCGAGUGUCCAAUGCCUUGCUCGUUGGCGAGGUGAUCGGCCAGAUCGUGAUCGGGCUUACAUGCGACUACCUUGGUCGAAAGACUGCGAUUGUGUUCACCACCCUGAUGAUCGUUAUUGGUGGAAUUCUCGCUACAGCUGCCAAUGGAGUUACUAUCAACGGCAUGUUCUGGAUGAUGACGGUAGCUCGGGGUAUCGUUGGAUUCGGUGCCGGUGGAGAAUACCCGGCAUCUUCGACCUCUGCCUCCGAAUCGGCUAAUGAUUUGAUACCCAAACACCGUGGCCCGGCAUUCAUCAUGGUGACCAACUUCCCGCUAUCAUUCGGUGGUCCAUUCGCUGUUUCGGUCUUCCUGAUAGUCCUAAUGGCUUGUGGUCAAUCCCACUACAGUACUGUGUGGCGUGUCUGCUUUGGUAUUGGUUGUAUCUGGCCGCUUUCCAUUUUCUACUUUCGGAUUCGUAUACUCAACUCGACACUUUAUCGACGUGGUGCUAUCAAACGACAUGUUCCUUAUCUGUUUGUGCUUCGAUACUAUUGGAGAUCGCUGAUCGGGACCUGUGGUGCUUGGUUUCUCUAUGACUUCGUCACUUUCCCGAACGGCGUCUUCUCAGGCACAAUCAUUUCUUCAGUGGUCAAGAACGGCACAAUUUUACAAACUGGAGAAUGGCAACUCUUACUAGGAGCAAUCGCAUUACCCGGUGUUUUCCUCGGCGCAAUUCUCUGCGAUCGAGUCGGUCGCAAGAAUGUAAUGAUGAUCGGAUUCACUGGAUACCUCGUCUUCGGCUUGAUAAUCGGCUGUGCCUAUGAAAAAAUUACAAAGAUCCUUCCACUAUUCAUUGUCUUCUACGGACUUAUGCAAAGCUCCGGCAAUUUUGGUCCGGGUAACAUGCUCGGACUCAUCUCCUCCGAGUCCUAUGCUACUGGUGUGCGAGGAACGUGCUACGGGCUAUCGGCGGCGGUUGGAAAAGCGGGAGCGGCGGUUGGUACACAGGCAUUUCAACCUAUUCAGGCUCGCCUUGGAAAACGCUGGACCUUCAUUAUCGCCGCUAUUUGUGGUGUCGUCGGUGUUUUAGUCACUUACUUCUUCGUGCCCGAUCUUACCGGUGAGGAUUUACGAGUUCGGGAUGAAAAGUUCCGCGCCUAUCUUGUUUCGAUGGGAUGGGAUGAGGCUAUGGGCGAAGAUGAUCUUCAAGCUAAGGCUGAUCAGGGCAUUUCGGGUGGCAUCGCUAACGAGAUAGAGGUGGCUACGGAUGCCAUUAGCACUGGUUGA